CGAGCUUGUAAACCUCUCACAACUUACAACUUACAAGAAAGAAUACCCACCGAGGUGCUUUCAACAGAAACUCGAAUCCCACUAGGUAGUAGUAAUUGGGCUGACUUCCCUUUCCAAUCCAUACCCCAUCUCGUCGAAGCAGCUAACGACAACAACUGCUGCGCACGAUGCGGCGGACACUCCGACUCUUCGCGGCCGUCAAGCCCGCGCGAUACCUCGAGCCCGGCGCCCCGACGGGCCUCACGGGCCUCUUCACCCACCCCUCGCCGCGCUCAACCCUGCUAUACCUAUACACGCGCACGCUCGAGAAGCUACAAGAAGUCCCCGAGUCCUCGCUCUACCGCCAGUCCGUCGAAGCCCUGACCAAGCACCGCCUCGCCAUCGUCGAAGCCGCCGAGCCCCCGGGGUACGCCGAGUGGGUGGCGCGCGCGCGCAAGAUCGCCGAGGAGAACCCGACUCGCUUCACCGUGUCGACCGGCGGGGCUGGUCAGUCCGCCGAGGGGUCCCUUGCGCUGCAGCUCAAAUCGGGUGGCAAGCUGUUUGUGUACCGCACCGAGCCGGCGCCGAGGGACGACCGGGAAGAGGAGUGGAAUGGGGAGAGGGAUGAGGGGCCCGGGUCGGAGGGGUUGAAGGGGGCGGAGGAGCGUGGGGAGCACGAGUAUGUGUUUUCGCGCCCGCCGACGGAUAGUCCAGAUGAUAAGGUUACGUGGGAGCCGGAGCCGCAGUUGACUGCUGAUCAGAUCGAGGAGAUCGAGAGCAAGAUCGGAGGUGGCCUGAUCGAGGAGGUGGUGCGAGUGGCCGAGAACGAGUUAAGACUCGUGGAUAUCAUGCAAGAAAACAAAGUAUGGGAGGAACUCGAGGAGAAGCCUGCUGAGGGCCAAUGGACCUACUUCGAGCGCGACUCGCAAUAGAUGGACUUUGCAUCGCCGAGUUUCUACGAGUUCCGUAAAUUGCCUCCGUACGGUAUAUCACGGAGCAGGUGUACGGUAGAUAAAAGCAUGUACAUACGGAAGACGGUUCACGAUAUCAGACGCUUUUAAUGCUAUCACCGCGCGAAUUAGAGAUCAAAUGUCGCCCGUCGUCUAAACGUGGGAAAAUAUGGUGACUUUCCGGUCUUGCGAAAGCUGUCCUGCUACGUUACCCCUGAUUGAGGUCCCCCUUGUUGAACGUAAUUCAACGAAGAACCCCGUGUCAUACGCCAUUGCCUAUCGUAUUAUAAGGAUUACUGGUUACUGUAUACUCAAGGCAUCAUAAGUAUUUGAAUAUCGGGGUUCACAUAAUGAAUGCCACGUAGAUUUAAGCCCGCAGCAGUUCUAGAACAGGUGUCUCAGUGAUUGUCUUUACGAUCUAAAUAUUAUACUACUAUGCUCCUUAUUCAAUGCA